UAUAACGGUUCUCGGACUCUCAGCCAAAUCGGUGGGUCAGUUGGCCCGCGGACCGUGCGACGAGUGCAUACCCAAAAUGAUGUCUGCGCGGAGUAUCUUUAUCGGAUCCUGCUGCCUUCUUGCGCUCCUGAUCCACCCGGUGCAGCCGAAUCCCAUUGCACCGCGGGCGGAAGUGGCCACCGAGUUCAUCAUCCUCCACAACAACGACAUGCACGCCCGGUUCGAGCAGACGAGUGUGAGCAGUGGCACUUGCUCCAAGGAGGACGCCAAUACGAACAAGUGCUACGGAGGGUUCGCCAGGGUGGCCUAUGAGGUUCGCAAGUAUCGCAAGGAGGCCCAGGAGGGCGGAACCCCUGUGUUUUACCUCAACGCAGGUGACACCUACACCGGAACCGCUUGGUUCACCGUCUACAAGGACAAGAUCGCCAGUGCCUUCCUCAACAAGUUGUCGCCCGACGCAAUUUCCCUUGGAAACCACGAGUUCGACCAGAAUGUGGAGGGUCUGGUGCCCUUCCUGAAUGCCGUGGAGUUCCCCGUUCUGGCCUGUAAUCUUAACCUCACCGAAGUGCCCGAAAUGGCGGCUGCCAAACAGCUAGCCAAUUCCACGGUCUUGGAAACGAACGGGGUGAAGAUCGGCGUUAUCGGUUACCUGACUCCCGACACCAAGGUACUUGCCUUCCGGAACAAGGUCGAAUACGAGGAGGAAAUUGUCUCCAUCAAUGCGGAAGCCGAGAAGCUGAAGGCCCAGGGCGUCAACAUCAUCAUAGCCUUGGGACACUCUGGGUACCAAAAGGAUCAGGAGAUAGCGAAGAACUGUCCCGAGGUGGACAUCGUCAUCGGCGGCCACUCGCACACCUUCCUGGAUGCCAGUCAACCGGUGGCCGAUCUCACCGACUCCGAUCCCGAGGCUGUGCGAGGUCCCUAUCCCACCACGGUGGUGCAGGCGAGUGGCAAGAAGGUGCCGGUGGUCCAGGCAUAUGCGUACACCAAGUACCUCGGAAAGAUCCACGUACAGUUCGAUGCAGAGGGCAACCUGAUUGAGUUUGACGGAGCUCCCAUUCUGCUGAAUGCCUCAGUGGCUCAGGAGCAGGACCUGCUGGACUUGCUGGACGAAUACCGACCGAGGCUCGAGGAGCUGGAGAGCACGAUCCUGGGCUACACGAAGGUGUUCCUCGAGGGCGGCAACAUCUGCCGGAUAAGGGAGUGCAAUCUGGGCAACCUGGUGACCGACGCCAUGAUCUACUCCCGCGUCGUGGAGAACAAGGGUGGCGAGUUCUGGACGGACACCCCGAUCGCCCUAAUGCAGGGAGGAGGAAUCCGCGCCUCUGUUGAUAAGCAGGACGAUGGAGCCAUCAAUGGGGCCACCCUCCUGACUGUUCUGCCCUUCGAGAACAAUCUGUACAUAACCCGGAUCUCCGGGAAGACCCUUCUGGCCGCCCUGGAGCACUCGGCCGCGGUGAGGCUGCAGGACUCGAACGGCGGCUUCCUGCAGAUGUCCGGGCUGAGGGUCGAGUACAACUACAACAACGACGUGGGCAAAAGGGUGGCCUCCGCCCAGGCCCUCUGCUCCGGCUGCUCCGUUCCGAGGUACCAGAGCAUCAACGAGACGGCCCUCUACCAGGUGAUAGUGCCGCAGUUCCUGCUGGAGGGCGGCGAUGGCUACGACCUGACCGAGGAGUCGGACCCCUUCAGCGAGCGGCUGGAGCGCAACGACCUCAACGCCACCAUGGAGUACCUGAAGCAGCGCCACUUCGUGUACCCCGAGCUCGAGGAGCGGAUCGUGAUCCACGAGAGAGUGGACACCGGGUCGGCAUCCGGAAUUGCGGCUUCCGUAGCGCUGCUGCUGCUCUCUUCCCUGCUAACCAGAUUCUUCUAGUGGGAGAUGGGAACAAAAGAUUUUCCUUUUCGCAUCCAAGCCGUUAUCCUCCUAUGCAACUAGUUUAAAGUCUAUAAUUUCCUUUAGUUCUUUAGCAAGCACUUUCGGCCCACAAACUUCAAGUAAAUAGAUAAUAAAUGUUGUGAAAAAUCAA